UGCGGUUCAUCUUAUUACAUGAGAAAUCUAUAUCAAUAAAAUCUCUUUUUUUUUAACCUUAAAGCCAUAUAGAUUUCAGAAACAGUCGCCCUAUAUGACAGACACACCUGCACUGAUUAUCAACCCAGAGUUUUUGACCCGACUCAUCCUCAACUGAAUAGUUAUGGAAAGGUGCAAUAAAUCUAUGAACCUCAAAGAUGCUGAAAACGACCAAAUCGUUAACAACAGCACCGACAUCGGGCACCAUCAGAAUUUGUAUGACCAGCCAGUUAUCAAAGAUGUCCGGGUCACCACGCUCUGGAUUUUGGCUGUUUUGGGGGCCCUGGGGAACUCAUUCGUACUCUUUUGGAUCUGGAACCACCGGAGCAGAAAGUCACGUGUCCUGCGUCUCUUCCUGAACCUGACAAUAGCGGACGUAUUGGUAACAGUAUGUGCCACUGGUCCUCAGCUGGUCUGGGAAUAUUAUGGGCGAGAAUGGCGGGCAGGUGAUGCCAUGUGCCGGCUGGUUAAGUUUUUACAGACUUUCUCUAUCUGCGUUUCCAAUUACUUGAUAGUGACCAUUGCCCUAGAUCGUUACAAGGCCAUCAGGCGACCUCUGUCUCCUCCGUGGAAGACGUCUUCACUAAUCAUUGCAAGUUGGGCAUUGGCAGGCAUUGUUAACGCUUCAAGUUUAGUGCUUUUCCGCCAGAUGGAGUACCAAGACCAGAUUGUGUGCCGCAACAUACUGCACGAUGCUCCUUUAGUUUUCCUGAGGCUUUACUUGACGAUCAUGGUUAUGGUAGUAUUUGGAUUACCUCUUAUCCUCAUUAGCGUGUGCUAUGUGCGAAUAUUCCAGAAGGUUUCCCAGAAGGCAAGUGAGAACCAAAAUUCUGAUCAAGAAGUUGACAGGUGUCAAAAGUUCAUUCUUCGUCAGACUCCGAUGUCACAUUUUCCAAGGGCUAAAUCCAAAACGCUGAAGACAACCUUUGCAAUCAUUACCUCCUUUCUUGUGUGCAGUUCACCAUAUUGCAUCAUAGAGAUGUGGAGGGUUUAUGGACAAGAAUCAAAUAUCGAUGCCAUGACAUAUUCAGUUCUCGCUGCAUUGGCCGUUUCUAAUUCGUCGACAAAUCCUUUGGUUUUUUUAAUAUUCAACUUUGUAAUCCGUUGCAGGCGCAAUGAGGGAGAAGAAUCUGAAGAGUCUCUUCCGAUCAAAAUCUUCAACCAGAUCAAACGAAAAAGAAAUAUUCGCGAAAAGGAUGGAACAUCUGGCGUAGAUCAUUCUGUUGAGGAACAACUACGGAUGACUACUUUUUCACGAGUACCAUCUACCACUUCUAAAUAUCAGGUAAAAGGAAAGGCACAGUGUGAAAAUGUUUGAAAUUCUUUACUAACAGAACACCGGAAUCGUCUCUUUUUACUUCUUUGAGAAUUAACAUUUCCAUUGUAUUUAUCUACACGAAACUUGCGCAGACUGAUUGAUUAACUAACAAAACGAAAAGAAAAAAAGCUACUGCAUUCCAAUUGGUUGAUUGUUCGAAGAAAUAUUUAGUUUUUUUUUUUCAAUAGAUCAGUUUAAAAUAUUUUGAUGUGUUAUAAGUUAGAUUUUGGUGACUUGAAUCGAAUGAUACCAGAUCUUUGUAAUACAAAUCAAACGCUUUCCACACACCUGCGCGUAUACUGUUCUUUGUUUGUAAAAGUGGGUUAGUUAUUUACAUCAAUAUAAUUAUGAUGAAAAAACCAAA